ACAGAAAAAAACCUUUGUGACGACUCAGCGCUGCACCUCCAUGUGUGUGUGAGUGUGUGUAUGCUCCUGUCACAAGGGGGGCAUCGUGGAAAACAUCGCAGUCUUCCUCAUCAGACCGUGUAUAGCUGACCGACAGGGAGUGACCCGGACAUGGCGACAUCCAGCUCCUGCGUGGUGAUCAGUGAUGAGGAGCAGGGGUAUGACCUGGACCUUUUCUGCAUACCAAAGCACUAUGCCUCUGACCUGGAGAGGGUCUACAUCCCACAUGGACUCAUCUUGGACAGGACAGAGAGACUGGCCAGAGAGAUCAUGAAAGAAAUGGGGGGCCAUCACAUUGUGGCCCUCUGUGUGCUCAAAGGGGGCUACAAGUUCUUUGCAGACCUGCUGGACUAUAUCAAGGCCCUGAACAGGAACAGUGACCGCUCCAUCCCAAUGACAGUGGACUUCAUUCGCCUCAAGAGCUACUGUAACGACCAGUCGACAGGUGAAAUCAAAGUUAUUGGUGGAGAUGACUUGUCUACACUGACAGGCAAGAAUGUCUUGAUCGUGGAGGACAUUAUCGACACAGGGAAGACGAUGAAGACAUUGCUGGAGCUCCUCAAGCAGUACAAACCCAAAAUGGUUAAAGUAGCAAGUUUGUUGGUGAAGAGAACUCCAAGAAGUGUUGGCUACCGACCAGACUUUGUUGGAUUCGAGGUGCCUGACAAAUUUGUGGUGGGAUACGCGCUAGACUACAAUGAGUACUUUAGAGAUCUAAAUCAUAUCUGCGUCAUUAGUGAAACAGGGAAGGAGAAGUACAAGGCAUGAAGAGCACUUAAAAACAAAUUAAAUGUAUGGGUAUAUAUUUUUCUUUUGCAGUCCAUUUUUAAUUGUUACUUCACAUUUGUGUCAGCAAAAGUACUCGGGAUCCCGAGGACUCACUGCAUUUGCUGUUUUCAGCCACCACACACUGAAUUCAUCCUUAGACUGAUUGGCUUUGAAAGAACCGCAAACGCUUUGUCCCAACACCGAUUAUUUUUCUAAGCGAUUGAUUAAUUUAUUAAAAGCAAUGCUGCUAAUUUUAAUUACAGUAUCACAAUUGUUGUAGUAUCGUAACAUUUCAUAGAUUUGACCACCUUUAUUCUAUUUUAUAAUGUAUUGCUUUUUGUUUUAAUUAUGUUUUUACCAGUGGGCAAUCGAUACUGGCCCUCGAGAAGACAAUGUUACAUUCUCUUUACACCUGUUUGUAUAUUUUGGGACAAAAUCCUUUUCUAUGUAACUGUUGUUUGAGAACAUUUUCUUAAGAUUCAGUGUAGAAAAGUAACACAGAUGUUGGCUGUAUUACAACACUUUGGCAUGCUCAGGAUGACAUCAUCUUAUUUAAGAUUCUAAAUUAACACCAAUGCAUCCAAUGGAUCAGUAAUUGUAUUUAAGGUAAAAACCCAAAACCUUUUUAUGCUGGAAAUUAUUUUUUUAUUUUUGAGAUUUGUGAAGGGGCCGUCAAAAAUCACUUACUCAUCAGAUAAUAAAUCUACAUGUACCUAUCUUUGAAUUAAACUUUUUUUAAUUCAACCAUACCAUAUGCUCCGUGAAGCCAUGUUGACUGAAAUUUGCUAUACCAGCCAUUAAAUGUUGACACUUCUCACCUCUCCUGCAA